UUGUACUGAUAUGGUUUAUACUUUAUAGAACCACAAGUAAUUCAACAUUACAAACAAACCUUUCAGUUACGGUGAAGUAAGAAGAGUUUAAGUGUGCUUAAUGUGAGGUGGUCAAGAAGAGGAGGAAUAAAACCCUUAAACCAUGAACCAUCCGUCUCGUUCUUACCAGACACCCUGUAGGGGAUCAGAAACCAUUCAACAGCUUCAGUGAAUAGCGGGUGAGGGCAUUCUCAGCCAACCGCUCAGAUGGGUCCUGAGCAGAGUAAGAAAGAUUGGGACCUGUCUGGUAGGAAGCUGAAGUCACUUCCUCCGAAUUUCACAGAGAAGGCUGUGGAGGCCAGGAGGUUGGACCUGCAGAAAAACAAAUUAAGAAAGCUCUCUGAGAUCUCCAGCAUGGUCCACUUGAGAGAGCUUAAUCUCUCCAGAAAUGAGCUGGUGGACUUUCCCUUGGAGAUCAAAUCUUUGAGACAACUGGAGCGCCUCUACUUGAACCAAAACAACAUAAAGGUAAUCCCUGAAGAUGUCUUCUGUCAGCUGGGGAACUUGCAGUUCCUCAAGCUUAGCACCAACCGCCUGGCCAAACUCCCAGCAGAUCUGAGUCAAUGCCACAACCUCAGCUACGUCAACCUGUCCAAUAACUGCCUACAAGACCUCCAGGCACUGGUGGGGCUCCCUAAACUCAAGGAGCUGUUAGUAGAACGGAAUGGCCUGACUGAACUUCCAGCCCAGUUGUUUCAAAAGGGAAAUUCAGUGCUGACCUUGUUUAAGGCCACAGGAAACCCGCUGAGGACCCCACCUGAGGAGGUGUGUGAUGGAGGGGUGAGGGACAUCCAGAGCUACUUUGCCAUGAUGGAGGAGGAAUCCUCUGACAUGCACAGUACAGCCUCUACAGUCAAGACUAUGUUUCUGGGAUCGUCUAUGGCUGGGAAGUCUACGCUGUGUCGCAGCCUGCAGCAUGGACGGCCUGUGAGGGUAGACAAAGAUGAGAGAACCGAGGGGAUCGAGAUCAGCGAGAUUGAUAUGGCCGGGGUCCGCCUCCUGUUCUGGGACUUUGCAGGGCAGGAGGAGUACUACUUGACACAUCACGUAUUCAUCACCCCGAGAGCUCUCGUCAUCCUUGCUGUCGAUCUUGCUAGCUACAAAAUGGAAGAUCCCCAGUCUUAUAAAGAGAAGGUGUGCUUUUGGAUCAACAACAUCCAGCUUCGCGUCCCUGCCUCGGUGGUCCUACUGGUGGGAACUCACUGUGACCAGUGCAGAGACCAAGAAGAAGUGAGGGACAAGAAGAAACACAUUGAGGAAAAGGUUCGGGUCAUGCUAGAGGAGAGGAAGAUGGUUUUACAACUACAGAAGAAUAACCUGAAAGACAAAACCGACCAGUCUCUGUUUUCCAAACAAAUGAGUGAACUUGACCGGCUUAUGGAAUACAAUUUACAGGUUUUGGAUCUUAUAGCUAUUGACUGCACUAGGGAUGAGGAAAUUGUCAAGCUCAAGGAACACAUUGUUAAUCAGGUAUUAACAAAGGAUACAUUCCCAUGUGCUGAAAGGACCCUGCCCAAAAGUUACAAAGAAGUCGAGGUAGCAAUUCAACAUCUAUUGAAACACAACCAAAUACCUCAGCACGGAAUAGUUUCUUUUCAUUAUCUUCUGAAUGACCUCAUUCCGUACCUUGAGCUGGGAGAGGAGAACGUACAGUCUAUCCUGCGCUACCUCCAUCGUAUCGGAAUCAUUGUGUGGUAUGAGGAAAUCCCUGCUCUGAAGGACAAGGUGUUUGUUCAGCCAUCUUUCCUCAUCUCAAUCUUCAAGACCAUCGUGAGACCCGACCUGGUCAAGCAGCUGGAGGCCUUUCACAGAGAUGAUUUGCGGCAGGAAGGUUGCCUGGUGGUCCACAGGGGCACAUGGGUAGAAGACUUCAGGGAGAAGGGUACCCUGCACAACGUGGCCACACGAAUCCUCGCACGCAAAGAACUGAGGCGAUUGGGGCUUGACGAUGAAGACCUGGUGAAUGAGGUGGUCGGGAGCAAGAAUGAAGAGGGAACCCUACUCCUCCUCCUGCAGCACUUUGAGGUCUGUCUCCCAGCUAAGCUAGGUAGUUCCCUCAAUCCAGAGGCCCCGGAGUUCAAACCAUGCGAGCAGUGGAAGACCCCAAGCCCGGCCAGCACUGAUCCAGAUGGUGCAUGUCUCUUUCCCAGCUACCUGCUGGACAAUAAAAUGGUGGUGAAAAUGUGGGGAGAAGACAGAAUGGAUGAUAUCAAUGUCCAUGUUUACUUUCUACCUGAAAUCCCUCAUGGCUUCUUCCACAGGCUCAUCAUCAAGACAUGCUCCCUGUAUCCGACUCACUGGAUAGGAAAGGACCACUGCCUGCUCAGUUCAGGAGAGAAACUGCUGCUGAUGAGAGAGAUCAGUGAAUGUAAUGAUGAAGAUCAAUACAUUCAGAUCCGCUGCAGGCGACCUGAGAACAGUGAGUACCGUCGUUCUUGGGAUUUUGUAAUGUCGGUGAUGUCUAAGCUAGCGGAGCUGUCAAGACAGUGGCCUGGUCUAUCGCAACACGUCCACACACCAUGUAAAGAGAAAAGCUGCACAGCCUACUUUGCCUGGAGAGACUGGCAGGAUCUCACAAACACUGACAUAUAUGAUCUUGUGCAGGAGGAAAAACAGCUCUGCCGAAACGGACACACACGGCGAACUGAGCUACUUUUUCCAAAAGAUCCUGUUGUCAGCAGAUCCAAAGGAAAUUGAUGAACCCCUACAAAAAGAAAAGCUUCAUCAGAGGGAGAGAUCUUCUCUUUCAGUGAGGUCUGCAAAUUAAGCCAUGAAUGCCUAAAGAACAUUUGUGCUGCUUGGCACCUGACAAUGUGUAAGUUUAAGGUCUCAAACUUAAUUUAAAAUGUGAGACAACUAAAGGCGCCAUAGACAUGUAUACCGCCAUUUCAGAACACUUCAUUCCAUGAUAAAUGUUUGCUGUUGAUGCUGUUGUCCAAAUGUAUAUUUGUAGAAUCUGCAUUUUAUUAUCACAAUAUUUCUGAGUAUUUCCUUAUUCCCAUACAGUUUGAAAAAAACAUACAAAUGUACUGAAAGUGUUAAUUAUGCCACGGUUAUCAGCAUUCAGGAUUACAACCACCCGGUUUAUAUGAAAGCAAUAAGGCACUUGGAGGUGUGGUAUAUGGCCUGGACACAGCUCUUAGCUGUGUUAUUUUGGCAAUAUACCACAAACCCCCAAGAUGCCUUUUUGGUUUUAUAAACCUGUUACUAACACAUUUAGAGCAGUAAAAAGUCAUGGGAUGUCAUACCUGUGGUAUACGGUCCUGAAUGUAGAUUGGCUGAUAGCCAUG